CCUGACCUCGAGCCCAACAAAGCAACUCAGGCAUCCACCUACGCGCCUGCUCUACCCUAGUGGGCAUUCCUGCCGGCUGCCGACUGCCGUCCCGGCAUCCUGUUGUUGCCCAUCUCAUCGCCCGCGGCCGGCCGCCCAGUGCCGCACAACCACCAUAUCUCCCUCACAGUCACAGCCUCACUCCAUGACGCUCGUUGCCUGCCAGCCAGCCUAAUCUAUAAGCUCAUCGCCGUCGAGGCAGUGCCCAGCUGCUCUCUUCUAUUUCUACAAGCGGUCAGGUAGUAUUAUUAGUAUGUUGUAUGGCUAAUGGCUAAUGGCUAAUGGCCGAUGGCCUGCGAGACAACACCAACUGCGCCGAGCUGCCGCAGACAACACCAACUGCACACUGCUGCAUAGGAGGUCAGGAGAAGGCGCUCCAGCGCAGCACGGCAGCAGGGAUUUCUGGACGGAUCUGAUUGAAUAAACCGUGAAGGAGAUGCCCUGGAAUAGAUUCAUGCCCUUCCUUUCAAAAUGUUGUACUUCUACCGUUCAGACAUCUUCAUCAUAUUCAUCUUUUUCCUCGUCCUUCUCCCCGAUACAACCAUGGUUAUUUGUGGGUCUUGGCAACCCUGGUGAGAAGUAUCAAUCCACCAGGCACAACGUGGGUUUUGAUAUGAUAGAUGCAUUUGCGCAAUCCCAGGGUAUACCCCUGACUACACAUUACUUCAAAGCACUCUUUGGUGAAGGGAUGGUUGAUGGAGUCCCUGUUCUUCUUGCCAAGCCCCAGACUUAUAUGAAUCUCAGUGGAGAAUCUGUCGGCCCACUUGCUGCCUAUUAUAAACUGCCACUUAAUCGUGUCCUAGUGGCGUUUGAUGACAUGGACUUGCCAUGUGGAGUUCUCCGUCUACAGCCAAAAGGAGGUUCUGGACGACACAAUGGGUUGAAGAGUGUUAUAUACCACUUUCGUAAGAAUCGAGAAUUUUGCCGAUUAAGGAUUGCUGGCCAGAUGGAUCCUAAAGCCUUUGUUCUUCAGAAGUUCAAUAGGACUGGUCGUGAACGGAUCGAUUCAGCCGUGAGAGAGGGUGUCGAUAUUCUGAAGAUGGUGGCUGCGAGGGGUUUGACAGAGGCGGCAAAACUGACAAAUGCGGACCAGAAGUAUAAGCAUCUGAGAUCACAUGGUAUCCAGACUAACGAUGACUAGACAAAGCUUACUAGGGGGGCUACUCUUUUCAGCACAUCUCUCGAUAUUCAGACUAAAGACGAAACUCGUUUUAUGGCCUGUUGAGAAACAGGCGUUCGAUGAGCCCCUUUAGACCGUCGCUGAACGUGAACGCGUCCUUGUUGUCACCGUACAUCAACGGCAUGCUGGCGGUUAUGUCGGCAACUCGCUGCACUGCUGGAAGUAGUUUGCUGUUCUCAAAGCGUGCUCCGUUUAUAGUUUUCCAUGCAUCUUCAAUCAGGGAGCUUAUCUGUGCAAAGGCAACCUCAGCUGUGACGCCAUGCUCACUGAUGUAGCAUUCGACCGAGCUGUCCACGUCGUUUUUGUUCUUUCCACGCUGCGAAAGAACACAUCCAUUUAUUUAUUUAUUUAUUACUGGGCAACAAUCCAAAGGACAAGAAUACUUAAUGGUCUUAUUAAAGAAUUAA